AUGAAGUCCCACCAAGUACAGCGAAUCAUCCUGACGCUCGUCACUCUAGAGGCUUUGAGUGAAGAAAACAGAGUGAAUUCGAGGGUCAACGUCUCUAAUACCUAUUACAACAUUGGCCCCAAGGCGUCGGACUACCUUAGAGGCAAGCAGAAGUUCAAGAUCGCAGUACCAAAUAGUGACAGAUUGAGCUGGCUUAGGAUGCGGGCUCGGGCGGAUCUUUUGGGCAGCUCAGAACCUUUGGGCUUUGCUGGGCUCGCACGAUCGCAGAGGCCGCCUCCGUUCACAAACGUCUCGUUGCCCCUUCCUGCUGCCUCCAAAAAACGCAAAAUCAAACCCAGCGUACCGGCUGUCUCGGCAAUUGAGGCGCAUGAAAGCGACAUGGAGACCAGAGGCAAUGAGCCGAAUAUCAACGGGGGAGGGGACAAAGAAACACAGUUUUCCUGUAAUGUGACUAUGCCAUAG